AGGCCUUGUGCUCUUUACUCUGCCUUGGUGGUGCCAGCUGAGCUCUUGCCAUGGAAUCCCCUAAGCAGAGCCAGGGCACAGGGCCACCGAGCCCUGUAGAAGACACUGCCCUGGGGCUGAGGAUUCCUCCCUGYGGUGACAGGGAGGAGGAUGUGCCUAGAGCUCUGUGUCCUGUUGCUCGUGUGGCCGCUGCAACCGGUGGGCUGAGAUGCAAAGCUCUCCUGGUGCUCGCCAUCUGCCUGUCUGUUGCUGCGCUCCCGUAUGGCAUGGACUCUCUGACUGCCCUAUCCCAGACCCCUCCUGCUUCCCUGCGUCUUCCUCCUGCUCAGCCAGGCUCUAAGCCCUACUGGAGCAGGGUGAGUGACAGCUUGGUGACAGUGUCUCCAGUGACACAGCAACCAGAGACAGCUCUGGUGGGCUCURCAGGCACCUCCCAAGGAGCUGAAGGAGACUUGUACCACAGAGUGGAUGCUGAGAGAUGGAACCUGGGGACAUUGACAGGGGACACUGCUGUUCCCUCAACACCUCGGACCCUCCUGACACUGCAGCCUGGCACCUUGACAGCAGAAUCGCAGGGGUCUGGUGUUGCAACCGUCRCUGUGAUGCUCUCCAAAGCCUUGGAAAACAGCAUAGAAAUGCCUGCUAAGUUGUCUCCAGAACUCCACACUAGUCCAGGGGCUGCCUCGACUGCUGGUUGGUCUCAUUCUGGCUCUCACCYGAGGCAUGGUGCUGCUUUGGGAAGCUUUCUUGGCAAGGGACCAGGCCUGCACAGAGCCACGCAGCUGCCUGCAGUGGCCUCUGCGUGCAGACGUGAGCUCAGUUCACUUGUGGAGCCCAUGAGAACAACGCCAAGCUCUUCCCCUUUCUUGAGCAGCAAGGUUGUCUCUAGCAUCUCUCCAGAGCACAUGUCACAGCUUCCAUUCAAGAUGCAGAGCCAAGGGAGGAAGUUCUGGGCCACUCUCUGGGCUCUAAGGAUGCCUCACCAGAAACCUGCUAUGGUGGAGAGCUCCGCAGCUGCCCUGGGCAGGCAGCCCUGGGUCCCCACUCCCUCCAGGGCCUCCUCGGGGACUGAGGAGCAGCCUGCUGUGGAUGCAGGGGCUGAGCUGCUGGGAACAGUGUCAGCACAAGUGGCUGCACGUGAAGGAGCUGCUGGGAAGGCUCCAGUUCUAUCCAAUGUCCCACUAGGUGCAGGGUCGGCAGAGAUAUCAGCAGGUACUCCCRCCCUGAGCUGUGCCACAGCGGCCUGGAGCCUCAAAGGGCAGAGGCAAGCAGUGACAGCAAGCCUUGGCCAGCACACCCCCAGCCAUCCGACCAGCCUGCCUGACCUUACUACGGACAAAGACCACACUGCUGCUUCUGGGCUUGCACCAUUUCCAGGGGACCUUCCACCUCUGCCAUCAGCAAGGACAUCCAGCUUGGCCAAAGGGCGGCCUGGCACCCUGUGGGCACCCUCAACUCUGAAGCCUAAGAAGGCCAGGGGCACACAACCUGCUGAUAGCUUUCUGCAUGGAGAAGCURCUCUGCUAGUGAACACCUUUCUGGUCAAGGCACUGAGAAAUGGGUCCAGCCUUCUGGCUGCUGCCUCUACGUCACCUCCCAGGGACACAUCAGCUGCUCGUGCUGUCAAGCACCAGCAAAUGCUGACUCCCUUGCAUGCURCAGAAGAGUUAAUAGGGGCUGCUGUCACUUCAGAGAAACAAGGCAAUUUGUCUUCCCGCUCUACAAAGCUGACUACACCURUAUCUACUGAUGAUCUUCCUUCCUCUACCCUGACAAGGGGCUCCAGAGCUGCAAGUGAUCCCAUGGCUGCAGUGAGCUUGGCAGACUUCGACACUGUCUCGGAGCCCAGCAUGUUCAAAACAUCCUGCAAGGAUGGAGCAGCUCUGGUGGCUCUCCCCUCUCUAAAAGCUGUAGAUGUGACAGAUGCCUCCUCCCUGAGCUCACCUACUGAGAUGCCUUCUCUGCACCCCAAACUUUUUCCCACAGUCUCCCUUGCAACUGCUGAGACUCCAGAACAAGGCCAAGUUGCGCGUGUGGCCACAGGGGUGGCAGGGAGAAGUGUGCUGCAUGGAGAGAUAGCCAAGGCAAAAGGUGCUACAAGUGGAAAGCCCAUAAAGACUUCAGUGGAUGCAACUGUUGCUCCAUCAGGACCUCCAGAGCCCACCCAUGCUAUUCAGAGCUCUGCACCYCUCUCUAGCUUGAAGCAYUCCACCCCAUCCCAUCAGCCUGAGACUGAGCAAGCAGUACAGACCAGCAUCACUGUUUUCUCACCUCUGUCCUAUGAAUCAUCUUCUACCAGACCUAUGCAUGGCCCUAMGUCCCUGUUAGCCUCUUGGACCAUGACUGCACCAACAGGAUUCAUGCCUGGCACUCACUCUAUGCCCACUCCCCUGGUUGCUGCCUCACAGCAUCCCUUCACACCUGGAGCAGACCUCUCUAUCCCUUCACAGCUGGAGCAGACCACUACCCAACCAUCACUUGCAGGAGAAGGCUUCAUUAUAACUGCAUCCCCAGCUGAGCCCAUGACUACAAGCAAGCUGAGCUCCUCUGAGGCGAAGCCCAUGGUGCCCCAGGCCCCUGGACUGUCCUCUCCUGCACAGCCUCUCCCUGUGCACGUGUUGCCCUUGCAGUUCAGGCUUACGGGCAUUGCUUACACUAAGGCUCUGAGCAGCAAGUCUUCGGAGAGCUACAAGAAACUGGAGAAGGAAGUGAUGUGGAUGCUAAACAAAACACUGUCCACYUAUGAGAACUUCCUCCAAGCAAAURUCCUUGAGUUUAUGAAUGGCUCUGUGAUCGUGCGAGGGGAGGCUCUAUUCCAGGGGGACAGUCCUGUUCCCACACGCUCUCACCUCAUCCGUACAAUCAUCACGGAAGUGAGCAGGGAGAGGAACACCUUCGGCUGGCAACUGGAGCCCCAGUCCAUCCAGUCAAGUGGCUUCAGUCUAGAGAACCUGGACCCAGAGAAGUUGUCCAUCUCCCUCACUGUUCUUCGACUUGGCUCUGUUGCAUCUGGCGGAAUGAGCAGAACGGACCCCCUGGAUAGGCUUAUCAGUGAGGUGAUCCAGUCACUCAGUGUUCUAUAUGAUGUGAAGAACUUCACUAUUGGCCAGCUCAGAAGCCUCAGAGGGGACCUGGAGAUCAGUGGAGAGCUCUAUCUUGACACAGAUGUCCAUGCUGAUAUAGAAGAAGUUCUGCAAGCCCUGAAGGCUCUCGCAGCCUCCUCUGUGGACAUGGUCUCCCUCUCAGUGGAGGGAGCCAAGCUUCAUCUGAAGACUUACCCGAUCUCCUUCAUCAUCAUCAACAGGCACUUUAGUGAGGACCUUCUCGAUCCAUUUUCUGUGGAGUACCAGGAACUUGCAAGAGAGCUUGGAGAUGUGGUGGGAAGAGCCCUGAAGGACCACAAGAGCUUCCUACAAGCAGUCAUAAGAGGAUUCUUGCCUGGCUCCUUGAUCUGUCACGGAGAUGUGAUCUUUGAGCACCCUGCUCCAACUAGCGAGGAGGUUCUGGAGAAACUUGCUGUCUUCAUUGGGCCAGACAAGGCUYUGGCAGGUUCAGGCUUCCAGGUGGACCCGUAUUCCCUUGCUGUGGGAGAGGACGUGUUGGAGCCUCCUCCAUCUGACUUGAGCUUUCCUGAGUAUGGAGUGGUGAUCAUUGUCAUGUGUGGCCUUGGCAUCAUUACCAUCCCCAUCAUUCUGCUGGUGUGCCUCAGGAAACAGCGGUUUGGCUGGCAGGACAUGGCAGCCCUCUGGGACAGGAGGGACCCAGAAGCUGGCACCCAAACCAUGGAAAUGGAAAACCAAGGCUUCUGGGCAGCUUCUGAAGAGGGGCCUGAGGAUGUUCAGGAGCAGUGUCAGAAGAGCUCUGAGUGA